AUGCAGAUUAGAACCUUCAUUGAGGUUGAGCCUCCAAGUCCACUCAGAUACCUAAUCGGAGCCGUCGUAAUGAUGAUCGGAGUUGUUUUACCGGUCGGUUACAUGAUGUUCCGUAACAAACGCGUUCCUUCUUCUUCCUCCUACACCAAACAGACGUAGGAACAAGGUUUUGAUAUAGAGACAUGGUGGUGGUGGUAAUGGUGGUGAUAGUGAUGAGGUGAGAAGACUUUGAUUUAGUAGAUUUGGGUUUGUCAUUGGCUAUGUUUGGUGGAAAUGCUUAAUUUUAGGUUAGAGGCUUUGACAGAUCUAUCAUUUGUUCAUUUGUAAAUGCAUUGACAUUCCAAAUCUUCUAAGUAGUUGUUCACCUGAUGAUUAUGAACUCUCCGUAUACAUGCCAUUGUGUUUACAUUUUUUACUUAUGGAGUUCAUUGUUAUACACUUUACUCA